AGCAUCAAAGCGAUAUUACACGUGAGUGUCUCUGUGUGUAUACAUACACCUACGUUUAUCUCAAGCGGAUUUUUUCUCUUUUCUUGCUUGUUUUAAUUUUAAAUAUUUCUUGAUAAUUGUGAGCCAACGUGGAAUCAUCGACGAAAAGCUAAGUCAUCUUCGAAACAGACUCUCGAGGCAACAAGUUCGCAAAGUCUGAAAAAAUGGCACUGAUUCCAACAAUGUUCCGCGAUUGGUGGGAUGACUUCGAGAGGCCAAGCCGAUUGUUCGACCAGCACUUUGGGCUAGGCCUGACGAGGGACGAGUUGCUCAACACCCUCACAGUCCCGUCACUCCACGGCUACUACCGGCCUUGGCGCAACCUCCUGGAGCAGAGCGGCGGCGUCUCGAGAAUCCAGUCGGACAAGGACAAGUUCCGAGUGAUAAUCGACGUGCAGCAGUUCUCGCCUAAGGAGAUCACCGUCAAGACCGUCGACAACUCUAUCGUCGUCGAGGCCAAGCACGAGGAGAAGAAGGACGAGCACGGCUACAUCUCGCGCCAGUUCGUGCGCCGUUACGUCCUGCCCGAGGGCCACGACAUCGGCAACGUCCAAUCUCACCUGUCCUCCGACGGAGUGCUGACCAUCACCGCGCCCACUCUGGCCCUCUCGGCGCCCGGGGAGAAGAUCAUUCCCAUACAACACACCGCCACCCCGGCCGUUAAAAAUACUUAAUUCCACCAAGUACACCGCUGUACAUAACCUGUAAACUUGCAUCCGGCCUUCCACACCAUCCAAUCUCUCGGCAUUUACAUGCCUUUAUAUAUACUUUCUUUUAUUUACUUUGUUCCUAUUCGUUUCUUUUUUUACUAAAACCACUGCUUUGUAACAAGUUUCUACACCUUUUUACCCAUACGUCAUAUUUUUAUUUGUGCUCCAAUUAAACCUUCGGAUUAUAUUUUAGAUUCAAAUAUUUAUGUCCUAACUUUACAUUUUUCUCUUAUUUUCAAGCAUCAGUUAUGAAUAGUAGGAUAGGGUUAGAGUAAACUGCUUCUAUUAUUGUUAUCUGAAUCAUUCUUAAAUUUCUUUUUUUUUUUUUUUGUUAACAAAAUCAUGUCAUAACUAAUCCAAAGUGUUAUAAAAAGUAUAUUCUAACAAGUAGUUGGGAGCCAAUGAAAAUUGGCAAAGUAAACAACGAAUGGGUGCUAUGUGUUGAAAAAUUAUUUAACUUCGUUACGCUUUAUUACAUACGGUACAAAACCGGAACUAGUUAGUUUUCAAACCUUUUUCUGUAAAUAACUAAAGUCUUAGUGUAAUAAUAGUGCAGUAUAAUGUAAUAUUUGUGAUAACUGUUUUUAUUUAUAUACUUUUUAUAAUUAGUAUUAUGAGACGAAUAUUGUCUCUUCUGUAAAAAUUGUCAAAAUUUGUAGUGCAUACUUUAUAAGCUAUUAUGUAGUCUUAUUGAUAAUCUUUUCUAUUAAAUUCAUCAUUUGAAAAAUUUUUUGAAUUACUGACUUCUGAUGCAUUACUGAGCUCUCGUUUACUAUAACAUGAUUUGUCAUCUUGGUAUUUAUUAGUGAAAAUUUGUUUGUAUUUUAACAAAAAAUAUUUUACAACAUACACUCAACACAGUAUCUGAUUCAUAAGUUCUAGAAUAAGAAAAUUGUUUUUUAGCGGAUGAUAUUAUAACAUUUUUCGUAAAUUGUGUAAUUAAGAAUUAAAU